AUGAGGGGGGGUGGGAGGUUCUCGAAUGGGACGUGCCCAAGGAACAGGGCAGCGCACGACACGGAUGGGACAGGAACCAGUAACAUUCGAGCGGAGCUUCAGCUCAGCUUUGGGGGCUCAGUGGAGUCGGUAUCCCAUCCCUCGGCAUGCUCGUACGGACGAACUCCGAUUUCUUUCUUCUGCGGCUACGGAUACUAUCACAUCAUUGACGCCGAGAAUCCAUCAAGCUGA